AAUCUGUCAGUUAAUUAAUUACAUGAUUAGCAAUCUAUACAUGCGUCCAUGAAAGCCAGCUAUCUAGGAUGAUAAGUUGUCGGAAUUCCCAAUCGUUUUCACGGCUUGUAAAUCCCACAGUACCAUACAAUUUGGGUCAUUCCCAAAGGCUAAGUUGUAUAAAAAAUAGAAAGUUUUACUUUCUACAGCAAAACGGUGCUGAUACGUUUCAAAUGUAAAGCAGAGCUCGUCGAAACAUGUCUUCCAAAGCAGAGAAAGUCAAUCCAACAGUCUACAUAGUUUUCCUGUCCCUGGUGUUGGAUCUGCUUGCAUUCACAUUGAUCCUCCCAUUGCUGCCUUCCCUGCUCGAUCACUAUAAACACAAUGAUAGCAUUGGAUUAUAUUCAUGGCUGUCUGGGAAAAUCCAGUUCUUCCAGGAGCUUGUGGGUGCUCCAGAGCACUACAACUCUGUGCUGUUCGGUGGGUUUAUGGGCUCCAUGUUUAGUUUCCUGCAGUUUGUUGCCUCUCCAAUUGUUGGAGGAGUCUCAGAUGUAAUAGGAAGGAAGCCAGUGAUGAUAACAUGUCUGGUUGGAAUUGCCUCCUCUUAUGUGAUGUGGGCACUAUCCAGUAAUUUUGCCCUAUUUAUUUUGGCUAGGUUUAUUGGUGGAAUCAGCAAAGGGAAUGUGUCUUUAAGCAUGGCUAUAAUAGCAGAUGUUUCAACAGUUCACACUAAAGGAAGAGGCAUGGCUUUGGUGGGUAUAGCUUUUUCUUUGGGGUUCAUAAUUGGACCUCUAAUUGGCGCAGGUUUUGCCAUUUGGGCUAAGACCAAAACAGGGAACUGGUUUGUGGUUCCAGCCAUAUUUGCCAUAUUCCUAGCAACCGCAGAUUUACUAUUUUUCACAUUGUAUUUCAAGGAGACUUUACCAAAGGAGAAACGAUCGAAAAUUGGAAUUUGGAAGAGUUUAGAUAACGCCAAGGCUCUAAUCAAUAUCAAAGAAUUGUUUAGAUUUUCUACUGUGACGAAUAUCAAACCUGACGAUGUUAAGAAGUUGCGCGUCAUAGGUUUGGUCUAUUUCGUUUACUUGUUUAUCUACAGUGGACUAGAGUUCACACUAACUUUCUUAACACAUCACGUUUUCCAUUAUAACUCUAUGCAGCAAGGCUGGAUGUUUUUUGUUAUUGGUAUUACCAUGGCUUUGAUGCAAGGAGGAUAUGUUAGGAGGAUAAAGCCAGAGAAAACGAAGCAGACUGCAGUAUUAGGACUUUGGCUGAUCAUACCAUCCUUCAUUUGCGUUGGUAUAGCCAAUAAUAUAUACGUAUUAUACUUAGGACUACUUAUUUUCGCUAUAUCUACGGCGAUGGUGGUUCCAUCCAUGACAGUAUUGGCCUCGAAUUUCGGAUCGGAGCAGCAGAAAGGUACGGUGAUGGGUAUUUUCCGAUCUUUGGGAGCUUUGGCCAGAGCUGUGGGUCCGAUAUUUGCAAGUAUUGCUUUUUGGAGUGUUGGAUCGACGCUGACUUAUCUAACUGGAUCAGUCCUACUCCUGUGGCCUGUGUUGACAUUGAAAAGAAAUUUUUGAAGAAAAUGCCAUAAGUAUUCUAUAAUCAUCACAAAAUGUGAUACAAUAAUCAAAAAUAGAACUGUGAUAACAAUUCUUAAAGAAAAUAUAGGCAGAAAAUCAAAUGAA